AUGACUGAACUACCAAACCCUCAUGAAUAUACUGCCAUAAAAGGCUUAAUGAGAUUAUUAGCAUAUCAGAAUAAUGGUCCAGCAGAUGGUACUGGUUCCCAUGUUCUUGCUGCUCAAGCUCGAAAUUUGUUAGGACCUCAUACUCCUCCAAUCAUGGUUCAAUAUUCAACAGCUACUCAAAUGAAUUUAUUUGGUGAUUAUCCAGAUCAUAGAGAUAUUGCACCAUCAGCAUUAUUUAUUGCAUUAUUUGCUAUUGUUAUGUUACUACAUUUGACAAUUUUUAUUAUAAAUUAUUCUCGUGGUCAUUAUUUUUGGUUAUCUUUAGGUUGGGUAUUUUACGCAGCUUGUAGAAUGAUUGGUUUUGCAUUAAGAAUAGUUUGGAGUUAUGAUUUGACUCAAACUGCAAUAGGUAUAACAUCUGAAGUGUUUUUAAUUGUGCCUACGGUUUUAAUUGUCAGUUUUAAUUUAAUUUUAGCACAAAGAAUUUUUACAUGGAGACAUCCAGUUGGUGGUUCAUGUAGAAUAUUUUGGGCAUUAAUGUUGACAUUAUAUGCUGUUGUUGCUGGUGUUGUUGCAAUGACAAUUGUUGCAUCAGCAGGUAUUAAUAUUUAUUUGCUUGGUGAACCAAAUUUUGCAAGAUAUAAAAAGGUUAUUAUGUGUACUUCAAUUUUAAUUAUUUGUUAUUCGUUAACAUCUAUAUCAUUAUUGGCAUUGGCAUAUUUUUUAAAACCUACAACUAAUGACGAAAAUUUAUAUACUUAUCAACCAUGGUGGAUUGAAUCAUUUGCACCAACUUAUUUUGUUAAAAAAGGUGAACCACAAAUUGCAGCUGCUUCAUUCCUUAAACGUAAUCAUAAUCAUCGUCAUGCAAUUAGAGUUAUAGCAGCUACUCAUAAUCAUCAUAAACAAGUUAAAGGUUUAACUAAUCAAAGAGGUACUUUAACUCAUAAUGUUUCAAUUAUUAUAGUUACAAUUACAACCAUAAUUAUAUUUGUUGAUUCUAUAUUAAGAGCAGUUGUUGUAUUUCAAGCAAGAAUGAAAUAUUUUACAUCAAAUGUUGGUAAAGCACCAGUUAUGUAUGUAUUUUGGGGUGCUUUUGAAAUUAUAAUUAAUUUAUUAUAUAUAAUUGGUAGAGUUGAUUUAAGAUUUUAUAGACCAGAUAGAUUACCAAAAGAUGUUCGAAAUAUAGUAACUGCUGAACAAUCAUUAUAUACAUCAGAAAUUGAAGAUGAAGAUGAAGAAAUGUCAAAACAUGAAGAUACAAAAUUUGAAAAUGAAGAAGAAGAAGAAGACGAAUUCUUUUUUGAUGAUGAUGAAGAUGAUGGAUUUGAAUUUAAUACACCAGCACAAAAAACAACUGCCCCAUACCCAACUAAAGAAAAAUUGGAUACCGAAUCCGAAUUUCAUUUUUAA